AUGCUUCAUAGAUUAUUUAUUCUUGCAAUAAGUGCUUAUUCAUAAGUCUUAUACUCUGAAAGUUUUACAAGCAAUUUAUUUACAACUUCAGAAUGUAUUGAAUUCAUUAAUUGAAGAUUGGGUACUAAGAGGAGAGAAUUAAAUCUAUAGUGAUUGUGGUUCUGUACGGCUUUUUGGGGGAUAUAAUGCCUUUGCUAAAGGCACAUCAGUUACUAAGUUAUUUUAAUUACCACCUCAUCAUACAGUAUAGAUUACACUGGAAUUUUGGAAGUAAGUAUUGGUUUGAACAAUUUUAGACUAGACAGCUGGAAUGGAGAAAGUUUUUUCAUUUAUUUAGAUUAAAUCUUAGGUUUCUAGGAGAAUUAUGGAUUUGAAGCUGAUUAAUUAUGCGGAUUGAAUCAUGGGGAUAUUACAGUUUAUAUAAGUAUUACAUAACCCCAUAACUUUUAAUCUCUCUUUAUUUUAAUGACAUCUAAUUUAGAUUAAGGUCCUACAAAUGUACUCAAUAUAUAAUGAUAUAAAUUUAGGAAUCAUGGGGAAUCAGAAAUUUCAAAUUAUAUAUAUUCCCAUGCCCUUCUGGAUGCUUAACCUGCAUUUCAUCAGACUCCAGAGAAGAUUGCAUAUUUUGGAACCUUAUCGAAAAUAGUCUAACUAAUGUUGAUUUUGAUAGCUUUAACUUUGAUGGAUGGACAAUAGAUAGAGGAUAUAAAUCUACUAGUAACUGUUUAUGUAAUUAUAUUAAUACAAACUAAAGCUAUUCCAUUACUUGGAGGUUUUAAAUACACUGGAAAAGGUAGCUAGUUAUUCAAAACAAUUAAUUUACCAGCUCAUAGUUAAGUUAAAAUUUAAUUCAGAUUUAUGAUCUUAGAUAAAUGGAAUUCUAAACAAGCAUAUUUAUCAGUUGAUAAUACUUUGAGAUGGUCAAAAACAUUUGAUUACAAUAAUAGAAAAAUAUAGAAUAUAUGCGGUGACAUUUAUGAUGAUAUACCGUUUAAUGAUCAAUUUACAAUUGCCCAUUCAGAAUCAUCAAUAACAUUACUAUUUAAUACUAAUUUAAAUUAAGAUAUGUAAAAUGAAUCUUUUGGAAUUAGAGACAUUUCAAUAUUUAUAGGUAAAUAUAUUUGUUCGUACUUUAGAUUGUCUUUUUGGUUCUUCUUUUAAUUAAGCAUGCGGAUCUAUUUGUGGAAAUGGAAUUCUAGAGGAAUAUGAAGAAUGUGAUGAUGGUAAUAUAUAUUCUUUUGAUGGAUGUUUUAAUUGUUAAUAUUUUUGUUUAGAAGGAUGCUCAAAUUGUAUCAAAGGAAUUUGCUUUGAAUGUGAUGAUAAAUGGUUCUUUAAUUCUAAUUUUAAUUCAUGUAAUUUGAUUGUUGAUGAUGAGAAAUAUUCAAUCUGGGAAGAAUGUGAUGAUCUUUUAAAUUUUGAAAUUUGCAAAAAUGGCAAAUUUGUUGUUCCAUCAAAUUGCUAAUCCUAUUAAUUUGGUAUUUGUUAGUAAUGUGAAUUAAAUUAUGAAUUAAUCAAUAGCAAAUGUGAAUCUUUGUGCGAAAACUUAUAAAUUGUGCAUGAGAUAUAAUGUGUAGAUAAUAAUUUAUAUGCAUUUAAUAGAUGUCAUUAAUGUACUUACGAUUUAGAAGAAGGUUGUAAAUUUUAAUAAAAUGGAAUUUGUAUUUAAUGUUAAGAAGGAUGGAAACAAGAUAAAUCAACAGAUAAUUGUACUCCUAUAUGCGGAGAUCUCAUUGUUGAAAGACAUGAAGAAUGCGAUAUUAGUGAAUAAACAUAAAAUUCUUUUGGAUGUAAUUAAUGUUAUUUUCAUUGUUAACAUGAAUGUAUAGAUUGUUAAUUCGGAAUUUGUUAUGAUUGUAUAUCAGGAUGGAAACUAAAGAAUUAAUAAUGUCAGUUUGAAUCCGAAUGUGGUGACAAUCAAAUAUAAGGAAUAGUAGAAUGUGAUGAUAAGAACUAAAUUAGAUUUGAUGGUUGUCAUAAAUGUAGAAAUGAUUGUUAAAGAGAAUGUUCCUAUUGUUAAAAAGGAAUAUGUUUGGAUUGUAUUUAUGGUUGGCAUUUAAACGAUUAUUUUUAAUGUGAAUCUGAAUGUGGCGAUUCUUAAGUUGCUUUAAUCUCAUAUGAAGAAUGUGAGGAUUCUAAUAAUUUAUAAUUAGAUGGAUGUUAUGAAUGUAAAUUUGAAUGUUGUCGUUAUUGUACUACUUGUAUCUAUGGAAUUUGUUAUGAUUGCUAAGCAACAUUUACAUUGAUUGAUUAACUAUGCCUUCCUGUUUGUGGAGAUGGAUUAAUUACUAUUGGUUAUGAAGAAUGUGAUGAUAUGAAUGACAUACCUUAUGAUGGUUGCUAUUAUUGCAAUUAUUAAUGUAGAUAAUUCUGUAAAAUAUGUAUUAAAGGAAUAUGUUAUGAUUAAUGUGAAUAUGGAUAUUAUACAGUAGAUAAUGUAUGUAAUCCAAUUUGUGGAGAUGGAAUUACUGUUGAAGAAGAAGAUUGUGAUGAUUUAAAUGAUGAUAAAAGUGAUGGAUGUUUUAAUUGUUUUUUUUAUUGUCCAGAUCAUUGUAAAAUAUGUGUGGAAGGAAAAUGUAAAGUAUGCGAAUAAGGAUAUGAAUUAAAUUCAAAUCAAAAUCAAUGUGUAGCAUUCUGUGGUGAUGGUUUAGUCUCAACAGAAGAAGAAUGUGAUGAUAUGAAUAAAUAAGAUGGAGAUGGUUGCUCUUAACAAUGUACAAUAGAGCUUAAUUAUAUUUGCAAGAACUACUUAUAUUCAUAUACUUAAUGUACUUAUGAGAAGUAUCCUAAAUUUUAAGCUUUAUUAAAAAAUUAGGAUUAUCAGAAUUAAUUUGUUUCUUUAUAUUUUGACCAAGAAGUAAAAAUUAUGAAAAAUAAUUCAUUUUCAGAAUAGAUUCAAUUAAAUUUAAUAGGGGUUGAAUCAGAAUUUUAUAACAUCGCAUUGA